AUGGCGCGCGCUGCGCUGCUGCGCUCCUCCUUCCCCAGAGACCCCCCUCCUAGGGGCCCCCUUACUGGGGUCCCCUCCAUUGGGGGCCCCUCCAUUGGGGGCCCCUCCGUUGAAGUUGGGGGCCCCUCUGCUGGGGACCCCUCCGUGGGGGGCCCCCCUGCGGGGGGCUCCCCCCAGGGUCCCAAGGGGCCCCCGGGGGCCCCCGAGGGUUCAGCAUCUGAGAAGCAGUGGGGGCUGCGGUCGCGGUGGCGGCCAGAUCUGCUGCUGGGGGGGCCCCCGGGGGGCCCCCUGCUGCUGCUGCAGUCGGAGGCCUCGCGCAGCUACGGGGGGGCCCCCUUGCUGCAGCAGCACCUGCCGCCCCUCUACUGGCCAGCCCCCAGGGCCUUCACUGCAGCAGCAGGGGGGCCCCCCCGCCGCCGGGGGCCCCUCAACACGGCCCUGACCCGCAGCAGAAUCCACAAAGACCUCGACAGACUCGCGGGGGAGUGA